ACUUGCGCAACAGGCAAUGAAAUGAUUAUAUUAAAGUUCAGACAACAUAACUACAUUAUUAAUAUUUAAUUUAAUAAUACCGUUAAUUAAAGUAAUUAGAAGAAAUUAAAGGUAUAUCGCGAUCAUGGUGCUAUGGGAGAUUGCACUUGGAACUGCGUAUUUUUUGGGUCUCAAACGAACUUACAGGCACGCUAUAAGGAUUCAACGUAGGAUCAUAAACCCUAACCACUCUCAGAUCCGCCAAUUUCUUCACAGAAGAACUCGUUCUGUAUUUGAUGUAGCAAUCAAAGUUCAUCAGAAUAUUCAAGUAAGGGACAUAGAAGUUGGCCGGAAUCUCGGAAACUUCAUUUUACGAUGUCUCGAUCGAAUGAAACCGUCAGCUCAGAUUCAUGGUGGAUCACCCACAAAUGGUGCUAGCUCAAUUAUAAGAACGACAGAGCUUCAAGCUAAGUCUUUCAAUCUCGGAAGACCUAGUUACUACAGGUUAUUCAAGAGGGGAUCAAAUAAGCGCUUAUUUACCCCAUCAUCAAGUAUAUGGCCAAAACCUUUCCCCACCAUUGCAAGUAUGUUGCGACCACCAAAUCCUGCUGGGACAUCCACCCACUAUCGGAACCUCAGUAUCUAUCCUCAUGAUGGUUUUAGAACAAACUGUAAUGCUUACCGAUCGGAAGGCGUUAUUAGGAAGGACAUCAUGCAAUGGAUGCUGCAAAACUAAGGACCAAUUUAUUUUCCUCAGAGAGAAGCAGUGGCUCCUGAAGCUCUUCAUAUUAUCUUUUCCUAUCCAAAGAAUUCAUUUUUUUUGUUUGUUUUAGUUUCUUUGGACUUCAUAUAAUCUGUUGAGCUUCCUUGUGGAGAAUGAACUGUGGAAUAUUUGUCUGUAGUUUUUGGUUUAAAGAACUAAAAGAUAACAAUCAUGUUGUUUAAUAAUAAUGAGGUUUUGUAUUUUUGUUUUUGUUUCUCUCAGAAAAUGGUGUUUUCAAUUAGAUUUAGCUUAUGCAACUUGUAGAUUGAUUUUUUGAUGCACCAGUUGAAUCUGUUAUAAGGUGGCAAAAUAAUUCGUUUGAGAAUCCAUUAUUAUACCAUGCAUGUAACUCAUUUAAAGGUAAUCCAUUCAAUCCUUAUUCUCAUGAGAUUCAAUUGAGUGAAUUGUCAAAAUCCAUAACAUGUCAAAGAUAAAGAUAAAUAUUAAAAUAGAGAGAAUGAUAGAGUAGGU